AUGGACUCAUUUAGUUCAACUCAGACUAGAAGUGAACACGGGCCUGUGCUGUGCUAUGAAUCAUUCAACAACUCAUGUGAGAAGUUCGUCUACGCAUCCGAGACUCAGAUUUUGCUUUAUCUGUUCUUCAGUGCCAUAGCGCUCAUCACAGUAUGUGGAAACCUCCUGGUCAUCAUUGCCAUCAUUCAUUUCAAACAGCUGCACACUCCAACCAACUAUUUAAUUUUGUCUCUGGCCGUAGCCGAUCUGUUAAUCGGGGGGUUUGUGAUGCCACCCAGCAUGAUGCGAUCUGUUGAGACCUGCUGGUAUCUGGGAGAUCUGUUUUAUCGAUAUUAUGCUGUGUGUCACCCCCUUCAGUACCAUAAUAAAAUCACACCUCCUGUUUCCAUGAUAAUGAUUUUCUUAUGCUGGGGUUUGGCAGCAUUCGUAGGAUUUGGUAUGAUAUUUCUAGAACUGAACAUUCUUGGUGACGAAGACUUUUAUUCAGAUCAAAUUGCUUGUAAGGGAGCGUGUAUAAUAUUUCAAACGGCCGCUGCCAGCACUGUAUCCUCAUUUAUUGCUUUUGGUCUUCCUGCUAUGAUUGCUGUCUGCAUUUAUCUAAAAAUUCUCCUUGUUGCACGAAAACAAUCAAAAUCUAUACAACAUUCAGUGCAGGUGAGCCAGAAAAACAGCACAUCUAUAAACAAAAGUGAAAGGAAGGCCACAAAAACACUGGCUAUUAUCAUGGGGGUAUUUUUUGUGAGUAUUUCCCCCUUUUUUUUCUGCAAUCUAAUAGAUCCAUUUAUUAAUUACACAACACCACCGGCCUUGUUUGAUAUUUUUUUGUGGAUCGGAUAUGUGAAUUCUUUGUGUAAUCCCUUUGUGUACGCCUUCUUUUAUAGAUGGUUUAGAAAAGCUUUGAGAAUCAUUCUGCUGGCCAAAAUAUUUCAAGCUAAUUCUUCAGAAUUUGAUUUAAUGGUAAAAGAAUGA